CUAAUAUCAGUCUUUAUUUUGGUGCAUUGUAUUUUCAUUAUUUCAGGAUUUUAAACACAUUCAUAGAAGCAAAAGGUGACAAUGAGGAAGAUAACCUCAAAGAAAAUGAUAGUGAUGGUGAACCUCCACGGAAAAGGUAUUAAGCUUUUAUUUUGAUUCUUCAAGUAUAGUCUGGUGGUAAUUAAACCUGAAGUAAAGAUUUGAUAAAAGAAUGAAAACAAAACCUAUUCGAUACUUCGGCGAUAUACGUUAUACUGAUUUGGAAAACCCACUUAAAAGGUCAAUUUGCUGGAAAGUCAUUCAAAACACGUAUAAGAAACAAACAAAGACAAUUGACUGUUUACGAGCCAAAUCAAGAAGACAAGCAAACAAAAUUUGGUCUCUUCAAGCAUUGACAAACCAUUUGAAGCGAAUGAAUACGAUAUCGGAGAAUGCUCAACACAAGCUUGAUGGCUCCAUUGCAGAAGACAUUUUCAACAAAAUUCAAAGAGGCCGAAAAAAAGAAAAAUAUAGUGCAGAACUGCGUCGUUUUGCGCUAACUUUACACUUUUAUUCAAAAAAGGCGUACAACUAUGUACGAACAAAUUUGAAUAAAAUAUUACCCCACACCAGUACCAUAACUAAGUGGUAUGCAACAGUUAAUGGGUCUCCUAGAUUUUUGACAGAGGCUUUACAAGCACUGAAAAUAAAAGUCACAGAAGCCAGAAACCAAAAAAAAAAGAUCCUCUGCAAUCUAGUUUUUGACGAAAUGUGCAUAAUGAAGAACGUAGAGUGGGAUGGGAAGCGAACGUACGGAUACGUGGACCUAGGCAUUGGUGAUGCAGGUGACACUGGAGACACUGUCGAAGAGGCAAGAGAGGCGCUAGUGUUCAUGCUAGUUGCACUGAAUUGUUCUUGGAAGAUACCAGUUGGCUAUUUUCUCAUUAAUGGACUCACUGGCGCAGAAAAAGCCAAUCUUUUAGAGUUUAGAGUUCGUCCACUCAUCAGGUGUCACAGUUACAUCAAUUACAUUUGAUGGAGCGCCCUCAAAUGUUGCGAUGUGCAACCUGUUGGGAGCAAAUUUUAACGUGGAAGGCGACUUCAAAUCUUACUUUUUGCACCCAAUCACAAAAGACCCUGUCUUUAUAUUUUUUGAUGCUUGCUAUAUGGUUAAAUUGAUAAGAAACUGCUUUGGGACAUUCAAAAUACUGACUGAUGGAAAUGAAGAAAAAAUCCAAUGGACCUUCUUAGAAAAGAUAGCUAAGUUGCAAGAAGAUACUGGAAUGCAUGCGGCAACAAAUUUGAGGAAAAAACAUCUCCAAAUGAGUGAAUGAAAAGAUGAAAGUUAAACUUGCCAUCCAGACUUUGAGCAAGAGCGUUGCAGAAGCAUUGGACUUUUUGAACAAAGAUCUGGCUAUGGCCGACUUCAAGGAUUCAGAAGCUACAGCAUAUUUUUGUAGAACAGUAAACAAUUUAUUUCAUGUUUUUAAUUCAAGGAAUAGGAUGUCAAAAAAACCUUAUGAGAAACCGUUGUCACCUGCUACUGAAUAAUAUUUCAAUUUCUUAGAAGAAGCGAAGGAUUAUUUGAAAUCGUUAAAAUUAGAAGACACUAAAGUUAUACUUUCUAGAAGAAAAUUAGGAUUUUUGGGAUUCAUAAUUUCAAUAAACAGUUUAAAGGGCCUGUAUGAAUAUAGAGUCAAAGAAACCAAAGAGCUGAAGUACCUUCUCACAUAUAAAUUAUCUCAAGAUCAUUUGG